AUGCAGGCCCGAGCGGUGGCCAGAUCAAUCAGUCGGCUGGAGGAGAACACCCCGCUGACAAUUUUAGAGCGAUUGGAAACGCCGCCGCCGCCGUUUGCAACCAUUCCUUUCUCCCGCGACCCUGAUUUUGUCAGCCGCGGAGACAUUCUUGACCAGAUCGACCAGCUAUGUUCGAAGCCGGCUGCUCGGGUUGCGCUCGUAGGCCUAGGCGGUGUCGGCAAGUCGCAAUUGGCCAUCGAGUUCGCCCACCGGACCGCCGAGCGGCACCCAGACACGUGGGUGUUCUGGGUUCAUGCCGGCACGCAGGCCCGGGUCGAUGAGGGCUUCCGGGCGAUUGCCGACGCCGCCAAGCUGCCUGGCCGGAACCACCCCAAGGCCAACAUCCCACAGCUUGUCUACGGCUGGCUGUGCAACAAACGAAACGGCAAAUGGGUUAUGGUCCUUGAUAGUGCCGACGACCAUGACGUAUUCUACGGGACGACAAGUAAUGGUACACGCAACGGGCAGCCAUUUGCGAACUCCCUCCCGCAAAGUCAAAACGGGUCGAUCAUUGUCACAACCCGCGAUAAGGGCCUAGCCGGCCGGCUGACUGGGCGGCGCCAGAACAUGAUCGAAAUCGGGCCGAUGGCGCAGACAGACGCUCUCGCGCUCCUAGAGAAGAAGCUAGGAUCGGUCUUGGAUAAUAAUGUAGCGGUGAAUCUCGUGCAGGCGCUCGACUUUGUGCCGCUUGCCAUCAGCCAAGCUGCCGCAUACAUACAGGCCAGGGCACCGCGGAGCUCGCCCGAGAAGUACCUAGCCGAGUUCCGAGAGAGCGAGCGGAAUCGGAGCAAGCUUUUGCAAUAUGAUGGUGGGGACUUGCGGCGGGACGGAGGGGCGUCUAACGCAAUACUUACAACGUGGAAGAUAUCCUUUGAGCACAUCCGGUCCAAGCAGCUCUCUGCGGCAAAUCUGCUGUCACUUAUGAGCUUCUUUGACAGACAAGGCAUCCCUGGAUGGGUGCUAAACCCUUCAACAAUUACCCAGGACGGUGCUUUUAGCUUCGAAGAUGAUGUGGCGAUGCUAAGGGACUACUGUCUCAUCACUGCGGACGAGACAGAGGACAUGUUUGAGAUGCACGGGCUCGUGCAGUUGUCGACUAGGAGGUGGCUAGAGACGUUUGGGCAGGAGGAGACGUUUAGGGAGCAGUACAUUGAGCGGAUGGCAGCUUUAUUUCCAACAGGCCAGUUCGAGAAUUGGUCCAUAUGUCGGACCCUCUUUGCGCACGCCCGAGUGACUUUGGAUUAUCAACCUAGCGAGAAUACGGUCGAGUCAUGGGCUAUUAUUUUGCACAACGGGGGAUGGUACGCGUGGUCGCAAGGGAAAUAUGAAGAUGCACAGCAGAUGCUGGGCAAGGCGAGAGAGUAUUUCUAG